AUGCUCGGAAACCAGUCUAAUUCGAUCGACAUAGCAGCGUAUCUCCGUGAGAUAAGAACAACCUCGAGGAAACAGUUCGAGGUUCGGGCGUUGCGGCAAAAGGCUAUAACGCAACUUCAAGCUGCUAUUAUUUUCAAGAGUUUCCUCAUAGUUGGCAUUCCUCUGUGCGCGGCAGUUGCGAUGGUGUUUGCUUUGAAGCACGGUCGCCCGGAUCUACCGUAUGCAUUCAACAGGAAAGAGGCGAAGGAUCAUGGGGAAGGAGGAGUCAUUGUUGGAGGCCCAUUAAAGGGAAGAGUUUUGUUGAUCGACGAUGUUAUUACUGCGGGGACCGCCAUCAGUGAGAGCGUGCAGUUGCUGGGGCAAUUUCCUGAAUGCAAAUUGGUGGGAGUAAUAGUAGCGUUGGAUCGGCAGGAAAAGGCAACUGCUGAGGCGAAGCGAAGCGCCGUUCAGUUGGCCAGCGCGAAGUAUGGCAUCAAAAUUUACUCUAUCAUUCAACUGAGUUCUAUACUCACUUACGCAAGGCAGCAGCAAGAGCAAAGUUCGGAGGCGAUCAUUCCAGCUGGGAUGGAAGAAGCUCUGGAGAAGUAUAGGCAACAGUAUGGCGUGUAG